AUGGCAGCCACGACCAAGAAUGAGCAAGAGUUGGAAAAGGCGAGAAAGUUGAACCAUGUGCCUUGGUGUGAGGAGUAUGAGAAAAUGAUAUCUGGCAUGCUCUACAACGCCUUCUCCCCCGAACUAAAUGGCGCCCGCUACCGCGCCCGCGCCUUCGCCCAUAAAUACAACACCGAAUUCCCCAGCUCCGCCUCCCAAGACCCCACCACCGCCUUCGACACCCUCACCCAAACCCGACUCGCCGCCCUGAAAACAACACUCGGCCACAUCGCCGACGACGAAACCAUCAUCGAACCCCCCUUCAACAUCGACUACGGCUGCAACAUCUCCCUCGGCAAACGCUUCUACUCAAACUUCAACCUCACGAUUCUAGACUGCAGUCUCGUGACGAUUGGUGAUCGCUGCAUGUUUGGGCCCAAUGUGAGCAUCUUUGCUGCCACGCAUGAGGCCGAGGUGCAGAGUCGCAGGGAUAAUAUCGAGUAUGGGCGACCGGUGACGAUUGGGGAUGACUGCUGGAUUGGCGGGAAUGUGGUGAUUUUGCCGGGCGUGACGAUUGGGAGGGGGUGCACAAUUGGGGCAAUGAGUGUGGUCUCGAGGGAUAUUCCAGAGUUUAGUGUUGCCUUGGGGCAGCCGGCAAAGGUGGUGAAGAAGGUCAAGGAGGUGCCGUUGGAAAUCGAACAAGAUGCUGCCGCGAAAUGA